AUGUGUCGUGUGUGGACCGUGAGGACCAUGUGUCGUAUGUGGACCGUGAGGACCAUGUGUCCUGUGAGGACCAUGCGAGGACCUGAAACAGAACCCUCUCAUGUUCCAAAGGAAACGAAGCCGCUCUCUGAUUGGUCCAACAUCACAGGCUCCACCCCCUGCAUGAUGUCACUGUCCCCUCCCGCCGCCCACAAACCUCCACAGGAUCCUCUCAGAGAAUGUUCCAGUUUACCACGAAGACGGACUCAUCGGAACAAACAGCACGACCGACCACUCUCCACACAGGGUUUUGUGAGAGAGACGGUGACUCCCCGGGUCCCAGAGGCCUACAUCUCCCCCGUCUCCCUUGUCUCCCCCAUGUCCCCCAUGUCCCCCGUGUCCUGUCAGCGCCUCAGCCAGAGCCUCAGCCAGAGCCUCUGCAACGGUCCCUCCAACGGUCAGAGUAACGGCCGCAUCUCUGUCAGCAGCAGCAGGGGGGGGCUGCUCCCUCCAUGCAACAGCAGCACCAGCUCCCGCGCCGCCAGUCCAAGUUUUUUAGAUUUGGUCGAGAUCGAGAAGAAACUGAGAGAAGCCAAGGCCGAGAAGAACCGUCUGCUUCAAGAGCGGGAGGAGCAGAGACUGAAGGAGCAGGAGGAGCAGAGACUGAAGGAGCAGGAGGAGCAGAGACUGAAGGAGCAGGAGGAGCAGAGACUGAAGGAGCAGGAGGAGCAGAGACUGAAGGAGCAAGAGGAGCAGAGACUGAAGGAGCAAGAGGAGCAGAGACUGAAGGAGCAGCAGGAGUCUCCUCUAAAACCUGCACCUCCUGAAGUCUCCAAGACCGUCCCAGACCCUGGUCCUGCAGAGACACACUACAGACACUACAGACACACUACAGACUCACUACAGACCCACUACAGACACACUACAGACUCACUACAGACACACUACAGACACACUACAGACUCACUACAGACACACUACAGACACACUACAGACUCACUACAGACACACUACAGACUCACUACAGACUCACUACAGACACACUACAGACACACUACAGACCCACUACAGACUCACUACAGACACACUACAGACUCACUACAGACACACUACAGACACACUACAGACACACUACAGACCCACUACAGACUCACUACAGACACACUACAGACACACUACAGACUCACUACAGACUCACUACAGACUCACUACAGACACUACAGACACACUACAGACUCACUACAGACACACUACAGACUCACUACAGACUCACUACAGACUCACUACAGACUCACUACAGACACACUACAGACACACUACAGACUCACUACAGACCCACUACAGACACACUACAGACUCACUACAGACUCACUACAGACCCACUACAGACCCACUACAGACACACUACAGACACACUACAGACACACUACAGACACACUACAGACACACUACAGACUCACUACAGACACACUACAGACUCACUACAGACACACUACAGACUCACUACAGACACACUACAGAGACACUACAGACACACUACAGACUCACUACAGACACACUACAGACUCACUACAGACACACUACAGACACACUACAGACACACUACAGACUCACUACAGACACACUACAGACUCACUACAGACACACUACAGACACACUACAGACACACUACAGACACACUACAGACUCACUACAGACACACUACAGACACACUACAGACACACUACAGACACACUACAGACUAACUACAGACACACUACAGACUUACUACAGACACACUACAGACACACUACAGACACACUACAGACACACUACAGACUCACUACAGACACACUACAGACUCACUACAGACACACUACAGACACACUACAGACUCACUACAGACACACUACAGACACACUACAGACACACUACAGACACACUACAGACUCACUACAGACACACUACAGACACACUACAGACACACUACAGACUCACUACAGACACACUACAGACACACUACAGACUCACUACAGACACACUACAGACACACUACAGACUUACUACAGACACACUACAGACACACUACAGACUCACUACAGACACACUACAGACACACUACAGACUCACUACAGACACACUACAGACACACUACAGACUCACUACAGACACACUACUGACUCACUACAGACACACUACAGACACACUACAGACUCACUACAGACACACUACAGACACACUACAGACCCACUACAGACACUCUACACUCACUACAGACACACUACAGACACACUACAGACACACUACAGACUCACUACAGACACACUACAGACACACUACAGACCCACUACAGACUACACUCACUACAGACACACUACAGACACUCUACACUCACUACAAACACACUACAGACACACUACAGACUCACUACAGACACACUAUAGACACUACAGACACACUACAGACUCACUACAGACACAUUACACUCACUACAGACACACUACAGACUCACUACAGACACACUACAGACUCACUACAGACACACUACAGACUACACUCACUACAGACACACUACAGACACUCUACACUCACUACAGACACACUAUAGACACUACAGACACACUACAGACUCACUACAGACACAUUACACUCACUACAGACACACUACAGACUCACUACAGACACACUACAGACUCACUACAGACACACUACAGACUACACUCACUACAGACACACUACAGACACUCUACACUCACUACAAACACACUACAGACACACUACAGACUCACUACAGAUACACUACAGACUCACUACAGACACACUACAGACACACUACUGACACACUACAGACUCACUACAGACACACUACAGACUACACUCACUACAGACACACUACACUCACUACACACACACACUACAAACUCACUACAGACUCACUACAGACACACUACAGACUCACUACAGACACACUACUGA